UCCUGACUAGCCCAGCCUAGGCAUAGCCCGUUUCCAAUUAUUCUGCUUCAAGGGUCUAUUAUAUUCAUUAACAUCAUGGAUAGGUCUAUUGUUGACCUAUUUAAAUAGGCUAUAGACAAAUACGAGAACGAGGCUAUUAUCGGUUAAUGUCCCACAAAAAGAGUAAGUAACUUUGACGUUAACUUCAAAAUUCGCAAAUAGCGCUCAACAAGGAAGUAAAAACGAAAGGCCAUCAAAAGAAUGCCAGACGAAGAAACAAUUAUCAGGGCGAGGACACUGACUGUCUGAUAUCAUGGAUCAGACUCCUCAGUCUCUCUAUGUCUCUCUGUCUCUCUCAGGGGGAGGACACUGACUGUCUGAUAUCAUGGAUCAGACUCCUCAGUCUCUCGCUCCAGUCCAGCAUUCUGGUCCUUCGUCCUCCAUUACUCCUCAACCUGCCCCUACACCGUCCUCCAUCAUGGCUCAACCUGCUCAUCCACCGUCCUCCAUUAUGGCUCAGGGUGGUUCUGUUGUCGCUGCACCCCAACUUGUUGGCUGCAGUGUUGCAGGUUCAGUUUAUCAACACAUCAGUGUUACUAUACCUUCGCACGGUGCUGAUGAAGAUCUGCCAAAAGUCAAGGACAAACACAAGUCCAACAUGAAGAAGAAGUUUGGGAGCAUCUUUGAGGGGCUUGGAAAACGGGGAAACCCAACAUUGCUUGACAAGAUCUACACAGAGCUCUACAUCACAGCUGGAGAGAGUGAAGGGGUUAAUAAGGAGCAUGAGGUAUGGCAGAUUGAAGAUACGGCUCGGACCAAAGCAUUUCAAGACGAUGCAAUCAACUGCAAUGACAUCUUUAGAUCUUUAGACCCUAAGACAGAGGAACAUAAUGACAAAUCCCAAUCCAGACAAGAGGUACCCAUCAGAACUGUGCUGACAAAGGGCAUCGCUGGCAUCGGAAAAACUGUCUCAGUGCAGAAGUUCAUCCUUGACUGGGCAGAAGGAAUAGCCAAUCAGGAUGUAGAUUUUGUCUUCACACUUCCAUUUAGGGACUUGAAUUUGAUCAAAGAUGACUGCAAUCUCUUGAAACUCCUGAGUGACUUCCACCCUGAACUAACAGAUAUGCAGGACGCAAAAAAGGUGGUCAACGGUAAAGUUGUAUUCAUCUUUGAUGGCCUCGAUGAAAGCCAACUUCAAAUGUGUUUCCAUAACAACAAGAGGUUGUCUAAUGUAACUGAGAAAACAUCAGUGGACAAGCUGCUGACAAACCUCAUCAAGGGGAAUAUGCUUCCUGAAGCUCUCCUCUGGAUAACCUCCCGACCAGCAGCAGUUGAUAAGAUACCCUCUGACUGUUUUGACCGUGUCACUGAAGUUCGAGGAUUCAACGACCCACAGAAGGAAGAAUACUUCAAGAAGAGAUUCAGUGAUGAUGAGAACCUGGCCAGCAAAAUUAUCUCCCACAUAAAGACAUCAAGAAGCCUCCACAUCAUGUGCCACAUACCGGUCUUCUGUUGGAUUACUGCCAUGGUUCUUGGGAAAAUGUUGAGUGAAAAUGACCAUGGAAAACCCCCUAAAACUUUGACUGAGAUGUACAUACGCUUCCUACUCACCCUGACAAACAUGAAGAACAAGAAGUACCAUGGGGAAAACCAACCAGAUCCUCGUAAUCUGUCAGAGUCUGACGUACAGAUCAUUCUGAAACUUGGAAGGCUUGCCUUCCAAAACCUGGCAAAGAGCAAUUUGGUGUUUUCUGAAGACCAUUUGAGAGAGUGUGGCAUUGAUGCCAAUGAAGCCUUCUUGCUCUCAGGGAUGUGCACAGAGAUCUUCAGAGAGGAGGAUCCAAUGUUUCAAGCAAAGAUGUACAGCUUUGUGCAUCUCACCAUUCAAGAGUUCUUCGCAGCACUCUAUGUUGCUUACUCAUAUGCCAGUGAAAAUGUCAACCCAUUGAGUUUAAGAGACUGCCAAGAGUUACCAAGAACAAAUGACAGGGAUGAUGGCUACAGGGAUGAUGGCUACAGGAAUGAUAGCUGGAGCGAGGAUGAAGACUACAGGCCACAACACAGAGGUUCUGAGCAGCAGCAGAAAACAUUGCAUGACUUGCAGAGGAGUGUUGUGGAUAAAGCGUUGAGCAGCAAGACCGGUCACCUAGACCUCUUCCUCCGCUUCCUUCUGGGCAUCUCACUGGAGUCCAAUCAGAUCCUCUUGAAAAGCCUAAAGCUCCAGACAAAGGGAGACACAGAGAGCAUCCAGAAGACCAUUCAGUACAUCAAGGAUAGGCUUUCAGACGAAAAACAAAGACAAUAUCCCUCCCCAGAGAGGUGCAUCAAUCUCUUCCACUGUUUGAAUGAGUUGAACGAUACCUCAUUCGUGAGUGAAAUCCAAAGGUUCUUGACAUCCCAAAACCCUGAGAAGAAGCUGACGCCUGCACAGUGCUCGGCGAUGGCAUACGUACUCUUGAUGUCAGAGGAAGUGUUGGACAAACUGGACCUGAAAGUGUACAACACGUCAGAUGAGGGGCGUAAGAGGCUGGUCCCAGCUGUUCGAUGCUGCCGAAAGGCCAUGUGA